AGUGCUCCAUUUCCGCUCACUUGCCCUUGCAUUCUCUGUCUUCGCAGGCACCUCUUUCCUCCCAGUACUAAGAUCCGUACCAAUUUUUUUCCCCCCAUUCCAGCAACUUCAUUCUUCUCCCUGUAUAAUAGUGGAUUUUCCAUGGUGGAUUUGUGCUGGGCUAUUUUUGGGCUCUCUACUGGCUCCUACAUGCACCACUGUAAUCCAAUUGUGAUAGUGUUAAUUUUUUAAAGCUUUAUUAUUGAAAUUGCUGAGACCUAAUUUUCUCAUCCUGUCACCGUUGACGACCGCUGUAAUCAGCUAAUUCAAGUUAUUCCAGGCCAUUAAGUCACUCGCUGGGAUUGGUCGUGGUCACUGAAGCAGCGGGGAGUGAGGGAAACGAUAAUAUCUGCGUUGGACGUAUAGCUUUAGUCUGCAUUCAUGCUUGCGGCGAUCUAUCUUUCUUUUGUUUUGUGUGUUUACAGCUACGAGUGACCCGCAGGAAGUCCUCUCAAAGGCAUGCGAAUGGCACCAUAAAGCUCUGGUUUGUUUUUGUUCAGGUCCAGGUUCACAUCAGUACUUUUUUUUACUUGUUUCAAUGCAUGAACACUUUUAUGAUUGGCAGUAGAAUACUAAUGUUGUUGUGAAUUCAGUUGCUGUAACUAUGGUGUGUGUGUGUGUAUCUGGGUUGGGGGGUAAUUGUACCUCACACAGAUUAUCUCCUCUCCAGUGCUUAAUCUGUGAAUAGAAGUAACACACACUCACAUUGUGUUACAUACAGACGAUGGGGCCUGGACUCACAAACACAACUCUUUUUGACUACUUGGUUGCCAGGAAACUUAGCCCAAGUCUUUGAGAGUGAGGGAUAAUAAAAGAAAAGAGUGUGUGUGUGUGUGGCCUCUGCAACUGUCUGGGCUACUGGGGGCAGUUAGUUAACUCUCUCUGGGUGUGUGUGUGCUGCAGCCGGGGCUGUUAGCGUUGAUUGCUUCUCAGACAUCGCUGGCUUAGACAAACCUCUGGACACAAAGAGUCUUCGACAGACAGCCGAGGCCGAGACGGACCAACCAGAGGAUUUAUUCGAAAUGUCAUACAUUUAAGAAUGAUGUUUCAGCACCUCAGGAGCAUGGGGACCGUUUUCUGUGGACCCCCAUUGUGGACUGAGGGGAUGAAAUUGGUCGUCUUGGUAAGUUUGAUUUUGUUAUUAGCUGCCAAACUGUGUGUUCAGCUACUACUAUAUGGACUUCAUGAUUAAAAACCUGCUUGACUGAAGUGUACACACCGGCAGUCCUGGAAAGGUGCAGCUAACUUGACAGUGAUGUUGCCAGGGCCAAGAGCCUGUCAUUAUGUAGUUACAGCUUGGUGCUGUGAUGGCUUUUUGGACAGUUUGACUGCUGUGGAUGGUACUCUGUGCAACUUUAAUAAACCCCAGAUAGAAAUCCAGCAGUGACGGACAGUUUGGAGAGAGUUGACUGGAGCUGAAGGGGCCAUCCAGGAAGAAGAGAGGCAACUCUAGUCUGAGCUGUAACCAUGGGAACGAGGAUGGAGGUGGCACAGCUUGAGAGCAGGAUGGACACUAAGGACUAUAGAAAGCUACAGGACCUGUUCCUGGACCCCUCGGGUGCACCUCGCUCCUUGUCCAGAACUGAAUUCAUCAAUCUGGCAUGGUCAUCAGUUGGUCGUGGCUCCGAGGAGGAAUAUGGCCUCCUGUUUGACAGCGUGGUCGUCACUCAGGAGCACCGCGGCCUCAUUCUGGAUGUCGAUGCCGUGAAGGAAGAGGGGCGCGUCGACUGGGGAGGACUGUGCUCUUUUCUGCUUCUGGAGCUUUCUGAGAAAGUGAAGAACACCAGAACCAGCGGUGUGCCGUGCUGGAAGCCACCACGCACUCUGACCUGUCCGCAUCGAGACCCGGUUCAAAAGGUGUUGUACCUGCAGAGUUCAGGUCAGUAUCUGACCGUGAGUAAAGGAGGAACCGUGGGGCUGCGGGACAGAGAGGACAUGUCUCUCCUGCACACACAUCGACUGCAAAACAGCACAGUCCAACCCAAAGACCUCUGGGUCACCGACAUGGUGCUACUGCACAACGUGCACAAGAUAGCUGUGUCUUUCACGAGUAAGGAGGUGUGUUUUUAUGACACUCUGUCAAAACAGGACUUCGGGUGCAAGUAUAAACUCCAGGGUUUGAAGUUUACUCCCUGGUGUUUAGACUACUGGGUGGAUCCAUCUCACCCGGACCAGGCCGUCCUCACCAUCGGAGACAUUGGAGGACAGGUCAGUGCUUUAUAUUUUACCUCCGCUCAGAUCUCUCUGUUUGAGAGACUCAGUGUGAGGAUGGAUUCAGAUUCAGCAGACAUCAUCCUGUGGGACGAGCUGGUCAAAGGAAAGCAUCGCUCCUGUUACACUGUGACACACCAAGCGCACGCGCCUGCCUGGGUUAGAAAAGUACGUUACCUGGGCUUGCUGGAGGCCUUUGUGUCGUGUAGCACCAGAGCGCAGAGCAGCAUGGUGAUCGGCUGGAGGGAAAAGGAAAGCAGGAGUCUACGAGUCACCUCUUUCUUUACAAAGAAGGGUGUGUGGGACAUGGACCACCACCGUGGACUCAAUCUGAUAGCCACAGCAGGUGUGGAUCAUCAGGUCUUGCUGUGGAACCCGUGUGUGACCUCUGAGCCAGUUGGUACGCUCAGCGGGCACACGAGCCCCGUCACCGCAGUCUGCUUCAUGCAGACAAAGCAGCAACUGCUCAGCUACUCCAAAGAUAAGGUCCUGUGUCUAUGGGAUGUAUCUCGCCAGCUGUGUGUUCACCGUCUGGCCGGCGUCUUCCCAAAGACACAGGAGGACAUGCACACCGUCCUGUUUCUCCAUGAGGAGCGUCAGCUCCUCUUGCUGUCCUUCAACAGCCUGCUUCUCCUGCUGGAGACCACGAAGGAGGAGAAGAGGACCAGCAGCCACGAGCACCCUGUUACCUGUGUGCUCUAUAAUAGUCUGUUCAGACAGGUAGUCAGCGGUGACUCUGCCUCCUCUGUGAUCUGCUGGCUGGCUCACACGGGCCAAAAGGUCAAGCAGUUCCACCGUUGCCAUGGCAACGCCGAGAUCUCCGCCAUGGCCCUGGAUGGUACGCAGACCCGGCUGUUUACUGCAGGCGCUGACGGCGAGGUCAAAGUGUGGGACUUCAACGGCCGCUGCCUCCACAGAAUGAACGCAGGCCUGGGUCGGGCUGUGGCGAUCUCACAGGUGCUGCUGCUGAAGAGGAGUAUACUGGUGAUGGGCUGGGACAGGAUGUUAACAGUUUUCCGUCUACACUCCUUCUCGCAGUCGUUCGUUGAGCCGUCGGAGUGGAAGGGAGGCGUUCAGCAUCGCAGCGAUGUGCUCUGUGCCGCGUUCCUGCCUCCACAGACUCUGAUCACAGGAAGCUACGAUGGAGAGAUUAUAGUGUGGAACAACAGCACAGAAAAAGCUUUGAGGAAGCUGCGGACACAUGCUGAACACAGAGCAGGUCAUUUCCCAGAUUCCCAUCUUGGUGUGAUUGGCAAUGAAGACUCUGAAAACUCCUUUGCCAUCACUAGAUUGUUCUCCAUACCGGGACGCACGUCUGUGGCUGCAGCUACAGGUGGUGCAGACUUGGUGUCCUGCGGAGGUUCAGGUGUGGUCCGACUCUGGAACACCGUCCACAGCCGUCUGGUGGGACAGUUCACAGCUCACAACCGGGACCUGGGGUAUAUUGUUACCACUGUCAGCCCAUGUGGGAAAUAUUUAGUCACAGCUGAUCGGGAGGGAACACUCAAGACUUGGGACAUACAGAAUUAUUGUCUCGAGCCAGAUGACACAAUAACCAAAAAACCUCCGAAACUACUGUGCAGUUUCCGCCCACACCUUGACCGCGUGACUCACCUGGAGACGUGUCUCCAUGGCGACAGACUCUUCGUCCUCUCGGCAUCAUUGGACUGCAGUGUGGCUCUCAGCUACCUGCCUGGAGAUACCGUCGGCCUGUUCGGACAGGAGGAGCAGUGGUGCUUGGAGAGACCUGGACCUCCGCACCCACAGCAGGAACCAGAGCGGAACCAGAGAGACCAGGGAGGGAAGAGGUCAGCUCCAGCUCCCAGUGAGACGCUCCCUGACCCAGGACCCGACACCUCUGCUGAGGAUGGAGAGGUGGGGAUAAAAGACGAGGCAGAGGAUUGUGGGAUGGACGCAGGAGUGGACAGAAGAAAACAUUAAUCCAGGUCAAGAGUUGAGUCUGUCUAAAGUGCACGGUGUUGUACAACUUCAGCUUCAUUUUCACCGCUCUAUUUCACUGUCUGUAAAAGCUGCACAGUAUUUUUGAAUUAUCCUAGAGGUAUUUAAGACGGUGCGCCAUGAUUUUGAGUGGGAUUUCGGAGGAACAGCCGAAACAUUUUAUCUUUCAUUUUAAGUAGAAAAAGUUUUUUCUUGACAUCAUUUACUGUCACUGUCGUAACAGAUGUACUAAGAGAACUAAGCCGUUUGUCUAUCACAUAUUCAGAAGACCUUGAGUCAGAGAAAAACGGCACUAAAUUGCAGCUUUUUCCCCAUUUUAUUUCUCUGCCUCAGGACAGUGUGGUGUGUAACAGUGACUAGUCAUGGCUGCCUUUCACAACCACAAAGAAUGAAAUAGCAUUUGUGAUGCUCCCAAUUCUGUGAUUUUUACUCUGAUGCUUAGAGAACAGAAAGAGAUGGCAUUCAACAUUUUUUUUGGGUGGGAGUAGGAGUGUGCCUUAUGGUUUGAAAGUGAUUGCGCUGCUGUAAUACAAAAGUCAGUAAAAGUUGGCAGUCGUCACUGGAGUUCUCAAAGUCAGUCCUCCCAUUCAUCGCCAAUAGAGUAGCUUCAGGCUGGUUCACACAUUUGACACCACGCAUUAGAGGUUUUUAUUCUCUGGUUUUCUACGUUUGAGAGAUAGAUUUUUCAUCCCACACAUACUGAUGAGGCUGUCCUGAUGGGAAUGUGAACUCAGAAAUAUCCAACAUUAUAAUCAUUAAACUAAGCCUUAAAUAUUUAUUUGACUGUACUUAUUGAUCUUGUGUUUCCUGGAUAGGAGGUAUCGGGAACAAACCAGGAUACAAAAUAUCAGCCGGCCUCAGCCUGGCUGACAAUUUAGUGGUCUGUUUGUCUUCGUGCAGUCUUGCAGUUUCUGUUCCUUGCUUCAUUGGCUUUUGGUUAUGUACUGUAUACUCAUUUUUGACGCAGAACACUCACAGUCCUUUUUCACAAACUGUCAUUUGAUGUACAGUAAAACAAAUUUGUUUUUAAAUUCCUUAAAAGUAGGAGAUCUUAGAAAUAUACAUUUGAGUAAAUAUUUUGCCAGCCAAAUCAAAUUGUUUACAGGAUAUUAAACCUUUCAACCUUCGAUUGUACAAAGGCAAUAAAGUAUGUCCAUGAAUAUAUUGAUAUGAGAUAUGAGUUUACAGAUAAUUACAAUUCCACCUGGAAUUGAGGAGUUGCAUGUUUGGUCUUUGGUGUAUUGGCGGUAACACUCGUUGACUUCUUGCUUCUUCGCAGAAUAUUUUCUUUGUAAGUCCCCUGAAGUUUUGGAGAAUACUGCAACGAACAACGUUGUCUUGCCCCAGUAUAAACCAGGCUUGAGGCUGUACUAAAUGCCAACGUCGGCAUUCUAACAUGCUCUCAGUGACAACGCUAUGCUGAUGUUUAGCAUAUAUAAUGUUUGCCAUAUCCACAAUCCUUAGUGUGUUAGCUAGAAUUUGCUGAUUAGAACAAAGUAAUACAACUGAGGCUGAUGGGAAUGUCAUUAGCUUUGCAGGUAUGUGGUCAUAUCGCAAAGUAUUGGCAAAAUUGAACAUUGACAUGACAAUGGCACUACUGUAGAUAAAAAGUCACCAAAGUUAUAGCAAUUAAUCCUGAAGGGGACAUGAGUGGCUGUACCAAAUUUCAUGGUCGCCCAUUAGACAUCUCGCUUACAACCACAAAUGUCAUGGUGGUAUAGAGGAAAUGUCAGGGGAUCACUUAAGUCAUUAGGAUAAAUCCUUGGAGGGCCGUGAAUAUCUGUACUAAAGUUUGUGCCAGUCCAUCUGGUAGAUGUUGAGAUAUUUCAUUGAAUAAGUGAAGGGGAUCACUAUAGUCCCCUAUAGUUCUGUCUGGACCAAAGUCGUGGACUGACUAACUGCUGCAUAGAGCCACACCGCUUUGGCAAAAAAAAAAAAAUCUGUCCAAGACAAUCAUCAAAAUGAAAUGCAGGUGGAAUAUUUAACUGUAAUGAGAUGUAAAAUCAAAGCUAUGUCAUGGAGUGGGGCUGUAGGCAAUGAGAAAACCCUUGUAUUUAAUCGUUAUGAUUAUAACCUAAGCCCGCACAUAUUCAUUACACGAUCAUAAAAAUGUAAGCAAUCAAAAGAAAAAUGUAAUUUUAAUCUACAGUGUAAUGUGUUUCUUCAGGAUAAUGAUGUGGAGAAGAGAGAGACGUCAAGUGUCUGUAAGCCCAAGGGCAGGUCAAAUGACAAAGGACUCCACAUUUUAAAAGAAGAGCAAACUUCCCUUACGGAAAUACUUCAAGUUUACUUUAUGAAGUAUACUUAAGUAAAAUUCAAGUAUAUAUUUCCCGAGUAUACUUUAUGUAGUAAGUAUACUAAUACAAAUGUACUAGUUGUAUAUUUAUAAGCGUACUGCUUUAAUACUUCUUGGGACUAAACUAUACUAUAAGUAUACAGAUAGUUUACUAGUUUUAUAUUUGUAUGUGUACUACUUCAAUACUAAUUGGGACUAAAUAGGCCCUCUUUUUAGUUUAUAAAAUG